UUGAUGUAUGACCCUUUAAACUGCAUAUUGUUAAAGGUCAAAAGAUGGAAGAUCUUAUCAUUAAUCAUAAAACAUCAGAGAUACUGUAAAAUCACUAUUGCAUGUCAUGUGAGAAUUGGCAAGAAGUGACAAGACUCAAAUAUUAUGCUUCACCAAACAUGUAGGUUCCACCAUCUUAAAGCUAUACAAGUUACAGCCCCAUAGGCUCCAAGAAAGAGCCAAUUAUAAAGGGCUGCUUGUAAAGAAACCAACUGAAAAAAGAAAGCUUCUCUCAAAAUCACUGAAUCAGUUUUUUGAUCUAUAGCUUUCACAGCCUCUUUCCCUAGCUACUUAAUUCCUUCCCAUUUUAUAGGUUAUGAGCUUUCUAAUCUUUGCUGUCUUUCAUCUCUUGUUUGUUGGUAAACUGUUUAUCUGUGAGUUUUGUUCUGUCCCUUCCUGUCUCAAAGGUUGUCAUAAUACUUUUCCUCACUUGUAAAAGAUAGCAAGCAAUACAUCUCCUCCCAGUGGUUGUUGCUUCUGGAUCGAACUUUCUUUAAAAUUUUCGUCGAACAACAGAAACCUGAAGCAUUUUGUCUCCAUGGAAGCCAAUAAUAUUGCAACCAGCCUUCGUGUAGCAUCAUUUUCUUGUUACCUCAGUAACCCUGAUGAUCAGAGCUUUAUACACAAACUAGGAGGCUCUUAUGAAGAGCCUUAUCCUGCUGUUGUUUUACCACCUGAGAACCCCUUUUCUGUAAGAGCUACUAUUAAGCCAUCCUCAAAUAACACUCACGAUAACCUUGCCCAUCUCCGUGUUGAGUCUUUCUCUUCUUAUCUCAAGACCGAAGAAGACAACUUCGCGUUUAAGACCUCCGGUGCUGCGCCUGUUCAAGAUCCUACUAUUGCAUUUGUUUUUCCUCAGCAGACUUUGGUUGGCACUCAGAAACACCAAGAAAGAGCCAAGUCAAAGGACGGGGAACUAAGCAUAUUUGGAGCUGACAAGUAUUUCGACAAGAAAAUGGAAUAUGGAGCUGUUCCUACAACUGGGGUGAAGUAUGGUGGACAGACGAACAAAGGGAUGGUGGAUGUGCCCCACCUGAAACCCAGUUCCCGGACAGGAGCUCCAAGCAUUUGUUCAGAAGCAAGCAGUUUUAAUAGCCAAAGUGCACUGUUGCAAAAUCUUCCGAGAAAUAGAUGUCAAACAAACCAGAAGAAGAUAACAGGAAGGAGAUUUUUCGCCAGCUUUGGUUGCCAAGGGCCUUGUUCGGGAAAAAAAGCAGUCCGUGUGGAUAGAAGCUCGGAACCUGGACUUUCCCAGCCAGGAUCAAAGCAUUCAGCAGGUCAUUUUGCAUUAAGUUCUGGCACGGCUUCUGUGGACGAGAAAUUGAGAGUAGUCAAAAAAGACUUGGAUGAUCAAGAUCUAACCAUCGAAGAGCAAAGAAAAUCAAUAGAAGUGUUUGGCUCAGGAAAAAUGAGAAAAGGAGACAUAGCAGGGAAUUUAGAAAGGAAACUCUCCAUGUUAUCUUGGGACGCCAUUCCUAAAGCCCAAAUUCUGUCUACUACAACCAUCGGAAGCAGCACAGUUUGCGAUGACAUGGCUAGUGAUGCCAGCUCCGACUUAUUCGAAAUAGAGAAUAUAUCUAGCUGUGGAUAUGGAGUCAUGAAUACACAAACUAGUGAUUAUGUGCCUGGCUGCAUGUCCCCAGCAACAACCCAGUAUGCACCAAGUGAGGCCAGUAUUGAGUGGAGUGUUAUCACAGCCAGUGCUGCUGAUUACUCAUCAGUUAUCUCAGAUUAUGAUGCAAAGAGAAUUAGCAUUAAUGCUGAUACAAACACCAAAACCAAUAAGAAUGCAGUUGGCAAAGAAGAUCAAAAAGCCCGCCCAGGUGGGCUUUUAGGUUGCAAGAGCCUCAAAGCAGUAAGUGUGGUUGAAACUGUAUACAAGACUAGUGAGAAGACAAAGCAUCACCAACGCGGUUAAUCACUUACCACCCUAAUCAGUAUUCCGGUUCAUUUUCCAGUAUAGUAAUUUUCAUGUUGAACAAGAGUGUUGAAAUAAAUGGUUUGGUUGAAAUUUUAGGAUUUUGUACUUUGUAAUAUCUUAUUAAUGAAUUGUUAAUUUUCUUA